UUGUCCUGCAUCCGCCAACGUACGACCUAUUGCCGGGGAGAAGGCCAGGUACUGGAAGCUACCAGGGACCUGUUGCUUGAUAGCUUUUAGUUGUUGUUAUCACCCUUCCAAGUGUCUUUCGUCUAGCUUUGUUCCAGGCUUGUCACUGGAGAGCGGGAGACACAGAAUCCAAAGCAGCCUCCAGGCUCUGGGCUGUCGUUACAGAGCCCAACAUGGGGCUCGAACUCAUGGACUAUGAGAUCAUGACUUGAGCCAAAGUGGGAUGUUUAACCGACUGCCAGCCAGGCGCACCAUCAUCAUUCGUUUUUGGAUCCUAAUCCUCAUGUGCUCACCACCUUUAUAUCGAUUCAAGGGCUUAUCAUGGCUUCCAGUCACACUGUGUUGAUGCGGCUGGUGGCCUCGGCGUAUUCUGUUGCUCAAAAGGCAGGAACCAUAAUCAGACGUGUUCUUGCUGAAGGAGACCUGGGUAUCGUGGAGAAGACCUGUCCCACAGACCUGCAGACCAAAGCUGACCGGUUGGCACAAAUGAGUGUAUGCUCUUCACUGGCACGGAAAUUCCCCAAACUAACAAUUAUAGGGGAAGAGGAUCUGCCUUCUGAAGAAGUAGAUCAAGAACUGAUUGAAGAUGGUCAGUGGGAGGAGAUACUGAAGCAACCGUGCCCAUCACAGUACAGUGCUAUUAAAGAGGAGGAUCUUGUGGUCUGGGUUGAUCCUCUGGACGGGACCAAGGAAUACACUGAAGGUCUUCUUGACAACGUGACAGUUCUUAUUGGAAUUGCUUAUGAAGGAAGAGCCAUAGCAGGAGUUAUUAAUCAGCCAUAUUACAACUACCAGAACAAUGAAAAGCAGAAGUUAAGGGAACACGGGAAUGAAGCAAAGGCAGGACCAGAUGCUGUGUUGGGGAGGACAAUCUGGGGAGUUUUAGGUUUAGGUGCCUUUGGGUUUCAGCUGAAAGAGGCGCCUGCUGGAAAACACAUCAUCACAACCACCCGGUCCCAUGGCAGCAAGUUGGUGAUGGACUGUGUGGCGGCUAUGAACCCGGACGACGUGCUACGAGUGGGAGGAGCAGGAAAUAAGAUUAUUCAGCUGAUUGAAGGCAAAGCCUCUGCCUAUGUAUUUGCAAGUCCUGGAUGUAAGAAAUGGGAUACUUGUGCUCCAGAAGUUAUUUUACAUGCUGUGGGAGGCAAGUUAACCGAUAUCCAUGGAAAUGCCCUUCAGUAUAACAAGGAAGUAAAGCAUAUGAACUCCGCAGGCGUCCUGGCCACACUGCGCAAUCACAACUACUAUGCAAGUCGAGUUCCAGAAUCUGUUAAAAGUGCUCUUGUUCCUUAAAGGAAAAUCUCAUGGACUUAGCUAGGAGAAGAACUUGGUUCUCAAAAUACUGUACUUUAAUUGGAUGGAAUUAGAGUUCCACUUUAUUCAUUGUUGAUCAGUGAUUUAUAUUUACUUAGGAGUAGAAAAAGGAAUUAAAGAAUUUCUUGAUUAUUCACCCAGACCAGUUGUGACAACUGAAGGGUUUAUAAAGUAAGUGUGUUGAUGGUUCUUUUCCUCCUUGUAUUUGGAUAAAUGAAAGGAAGGCUUAAUUUCAACUCCCUAUUCUGGUCAGUUGUAUAAUCAACAUUCCUGUUAUUGUGAACAAGAUUUCUUGUGGCACAAGUUGUUAUCUGAAUCUCAUUCUUGUUUUUCACAGUAGUUUUAAAAGUUGUCCUUAUUCCAGUGAUGAAUACACUAAUACUCCAGGGAUGAAUACACUAAAAUGUCAUGUAUGUGGAUGAAACAGAUUUAUGGGAAGAUUCUUUAUAAUAAAUGAAAUCAUUUAAUUCUA